AUGUUGAAACGGAACGGCGAUACUCAAAAAGACCAGCAUAGAGGUAGAAAUGUAUUUAGGAAAGAAAUUUAUCGGCAAGAUAUAAUUUUUAGAGCUAGAAGGAGAUCUACAGGUGCUAUUGGAUUAUUUCUUAACACUAGAGAAGAAACCUGCUUGAAUUUUAUUUAUAUUUCCCUUUCGCGAGAUACUGGAAUAUCACAGGGUGUUUUUUUUUAAGUCCAAAGCGAAAUAGUGAUAUAAAGGAAAUAUGAUCGAUGUCUGUUGAGCUCAUUUAACCAUAAGACUUAAUAUUUGUACCACAUUUUCAUUUUCAUGUUUCCUUUCAUGCUUGACCCUAACAACCAUUUGCAGUAGAUUUACAUGAAUCGGUUGACUAUGUAAACGCGUGAAUUUUUUUUCACAAUCCAUAAGCUGACAGCAUGAAAAUAUUGGUAGCAUGAACAAAUUGUGAUUUUAUAUUUCCUUAGAGGAUUUUAGUUCAGAUUUUGCGCGUAAAAUAUUCGUCAACAUUUUUCAAGGGCUCCAUUUGAAAGAUAAUUGCCUUCAGGGUAGAUAUAAUAGGAAUUUACAUUUAAAAUUGAAACAUCAAAGAGUCUUUUGAAACAGCUGUUAAAAUGGAUGAAAACAUCACCUCAUAUAAUGAUAUAUAUCUACUACCACAGCAGAUAACCUCAAGAUGAAUAACAGCAGUAUGUCUACAGGGGUCCAUAUGCAUAUCAAUGACAGAUUGCCUGUUACACCCGUGGUUGUAACUCUUUCGUUUUUAUCGCUUGGCACCGUGCUCGGAAACAGCUUGGUAUUUACAGCGAUCCUCAUUAAGCCUGCACUUCACAGCGUCACAUAUCUGUCUGUGUUCAGUUUAGCGAUCGCUGACUUCUUAGCAGGAAUACUUGCCAUGCCCAGUUACAUCCUCAAAAAGUUUUUCAUGGCAGAGUCUGUCGAUAUCAUCAUAUGCGACGUAUUCCGGUUUUCGUAUUUUCUUACCGGAUAUGCCUCUAUCCUGAGCCUUUCAGUCAUCAGCGUUGAACGCCUGCUCGCCGUAAAGUGGCCGCUGAGAUAUGCAACCGUUGUCACACACGAACGAGUUAUCACGGGCUUGUUACUCACUUGGUUUGACGCGAUAGUAAUAUCACUGCUACCGUUUGUUCCAUGGGAGUCAGAUUCUCCUAAUAAGGAGUGUAAUUACGAACCUACACGCUGGUGGAGCAUUAUGGUCAUUGUAACCAACGUUAUAUUGCCAUUCGUAAUCAUAACAACUUGCUAUAGCUAUUUGUAUCUCACUGCCAGGUCGCACAUAAAGAAGAUAUUGAGUGACAGAAAGAGCCUGGGAGAUACUGAAACCCGGAGACCGCGACAAACGAACGAACGUAAAGCAAGCACCACAAUUUUAAUUGUUAUUGGAGUCUUUGUGGCCACUUGGUUCCCCUCAUGCCUUUAUUACUUCCUGUUAAAGACCUGUCCGCAAUGUUUUUCAGAUUCAUUCAGAAGUAAACAGAGUAUUUUAAAUGCUUUCGUAAAAAUUUUGACGUUUACAUCGUCCUUUGCUAAUCCUGUAAUUUAUUGCUGGAGAAGCCGGCAUUUCAGAAGAGCUUUUUUUGAGAUUUUGGCAAGACUGUCAAGGAAGUUUUCUACGCUGCAAAGAAAGGAUAGCAACAGCACUGAAGUUGGUCGCUACAGAAGAAACACAAUAACCAGCAUUGGUAAAACAGAGGCCUGUAAUGUUUUCGUGUCUCAAAUGGACGAAGGCAAAUACAUUCCAAUUACCUUAGACAAACCUAAAACCGAUUCGAGGAGAGAUCACGAAGUGAAAGAUGAACAACUUUGA